CCAGUAUCACUGCCAUCUUUUAAGGACAGGGUCAGGGAUUGUGCAAAAUAUCGUAAGCGCUGCUUUCAAAACAGUGGGAUUCAUCAGGAAAUUAAAGUUUAGUUUGUGUUUAUUUUAUUUUGUAGCCAGUGAAGGGGUGAGAAAGUCUGUAAAAGAGAAAAAGGCCAAGGGCUGAGAAUGAACAAGUUGGCUAAAGUAUCUCUCCUCCUCUUGAUAUGUGUCACCAUUCAUGUCCACGAAGCCCGGAUCCAGAGAAAAGCAGGAGGAACCCCUGUUGAUAGAAGAAGAGCAGAUACGAUAAUCACCAAAUUUGGCCUUUACAAGGGACAGUCGUCGAACUCCGAGACUUGCUACAUCACCCCUCACCGGGCCGAGACCCUGGACAACUGCGCCUUCAACUCUUCCCAUUCUUUGGUGAUGAUCAUUCACGGAUGGACGGUCGACGGAGUCCAUGAAAACUGGACCUGGAAAAUGGCAGCCGCACUGAAAUUAAAGCUGAAAGACGUCAAUGUGAUUGUAGUUGAUUGGCUGAUUCUGGCUCAUCAACAUUAUCCAACGGCGGUAAAGAACACUCGAGUAGUGGGCCAGGACAUAGCGGAUCUAUUAGACUGGCUAGAGGAGUUUUUUCAGGUGCCAAAAGGAAAGGUUCAUCUCAUUGGGUACAGUCUCGGAGCUCAUGUUUCGGGAUUUGCUGGAAGCUAUAUCACCGGGCCAACCAAAAUUGGGAGAAUAACAGGCCUUGACCCUGCUGGACCCCUGUUUGAAGGCAUGUCAUCAACAGAACGUCUAUCUCCUGACGAUGCAAGCUUCGUCGAUGCUCUCCACACCUUCACACAGGAGCACAUGGGCCUGAGUGUUGGAAUCAACCAACCUGUGGCCCACUAUGACUUCUAUCCGAACGGUGGCACCUUCCAACCUGGCUGCCACAUCAAGCACGUGUACAAUCACAUCGCAACGUACGGGAUUCUAGGUAUCACUGAAACAGUGAAGUGUGCACAUGAGCGAUCAGUACACUUGUUCAUUGAUUCUUUGCUGAAUGAAGACAAGCAAAGUAUUGCAUAUUGGUGCAAUGACCUGAGCACAUUUAACAAAGGAAUCUGUCUAAGCUGCAGGAAGAAUCGAUGCAACACAAUGGGCUAUAAUAUUAAAAAGGUCCGGACACAAAGAAGCAAAAAAAUGUUUCUGAAUACUCGUGCUAACAUGCCAUAUAAAGUCUAUCAUUACCAAUUCAAGAUUAACUUCAUCAACCAGACGGAACACCCCAACUUGGAACCAUUUCUCAAGGUAUCCUUAUAUGGAACAGAAGGUGACGCUGAAAAUGUACCUAUCAAAUUGUUUGAAAGCAUCAAAACCAACAAAACCUACUCUUUCCUGAUUUAUACUGAUGUUAACAUUGGUGAUUUAAUGAUGCUGAAGUUUAAGUGGGAAAACUCUGUUGCCUGGGCAAACCUGUUGAGGACUGUUCAAACAUACUUCCCAUGGGGCCAGAAUAAUAUCAACCCGGAGCUUAUUGUCAGAAGAAUACGAGUAAAAGCUGGAGAAACACAACAUAAAGUAACAUUCUGUUCCUUAAACACCAUCAACAUGCAUUUUCAACCAGCCCAAGAGAAAACGUUUGUUAGAUGUAUAGGCAAGACAAGACGGCGCCACAGAAGGCUGAAAUGAAAAACUCGCUAAGACAAAAUCAAACCAGGAUCCACAGAAUUCAUUCAAAAUGCAGAAACGUUCUGGUUGACACAUACACUUUAUCACCAAAAAAAGUGUAAAUAUAUGAACUAUCACUGCAAUAAAGGAAUUUAACACACGGAUUAAAACUAAUUAUUUGGAUCAGUAACUACAACGUGGAAAUAGCUUGAUGUGACGUUUAUACAAGGUGUACCAAGAAAUAACACGAGUCUCAUUGUCUGGAAGAGGUUUUAUUAUGAACCAAUAUACAUCAACUAUAUUUCAAUUAAUGUGAUAUUUUGAAAGAUUUUAUUUCCAAAGAUGUGGAAGGGACAAAUGUAUUUCUAACUAUUAUGCAAGAUUGUAAGUCCGGCUUAUGAAUGGUGAAACAAAUUUAGUUUUGUUUUAAAGAACUGACACCAAGAACAUGAAAUGGUGACUGUGGUGCUCUUAGGCACUGCUGCUGCUUGAAGUAAAUGAAAGAUAGUGCUACCAACAGGUAGUGGCCAUUAAUGGCAGUAAAUUCUCAACUCAGUAAGAGUCAUGCCACAAAACAAAAAAAAGAUUGACAUUAUAAACUGCGGCAAAAAUAAAUAUUUCUGGAAUCAAGCAUUUAAAUGAUUUUAAUUAAUUUUGAAAGUAUUUUCAAAUGCUUCACUUUGGGGAAAAAACAAAAGGAAAAUGUGAACACCAUCCCCUCAUUUCCACAAUGAGUUAUAAUUCGCAUGCCUCUAAUUUCUAAAUGGUUGAAAAGACAUUUAGACGGGUACAGGGAUAGGAAAGAUUUAGAGCAAGAGGUCAAACGUGAGCAGGUAGAACUGGUGUAGUUGGGGCACCUUGGUCGGCAUGGGAAAGUUGGGCCAAAGGGCCUGUUGCUGUAUGACUGUGAUUACAUGUUACUGUUCACAACUGCUCCAGAUUUAUGGCGCAAAAUAAAAAUUUAAGUUUUCUAUUUGGUAUGCUCAAAGACCGGUACAGACUGGUAGUAAUUGUUUUCUAAACUGUUACAAAGUAGAUACAAUAGAACUCAGCAGAAUGAAACUCAGUGAUGAAUUCACUUGCAUUGCCAAUUGCUAUGGAUGAAUCAAUAAUUUGGUUAAAAGAACUCUUGUAAGAUCUUCACACUUUUAAAUCUUAGACAAUUUAUUGUAUUACUCCAAAACGUCAUAUCCCAGACACCUACAGAAUUUAUAAUCUGAUUCGGCUGAAUGCUUAGCUUUAACAGCUACCAAUAAAGAGAACACCAGACUUAAUGGAAAAUUUGAUUGCGUUUAAUGUACAUCCAAAAUCAUUUUUGCUCCAGGCAACACACUGGACGUUAUCCUUUGUCUUGUUGUGACAGUAAGAUUGAUGGGAUCACAUUUCAACCACAGUAAUAGCUUUUAAGUCUCUCACUGAUGUCCCGUGACCCAGAACCACUCCAUUUGCAUCAAUAACUAAUAUAGGGCAGGAUUAAAAUGCAGCCAGUACUUCUCACUGAAUUCCUUAAUUAAAAUCUGCUAAAUGAUAAGCCAUUGCCUCUUGCUGAUCCAUUUUUCCUCUCCACGUAUUUUCAGCAGAUACAUUUGUCCCAAGUUUCCAUAUUAAUUUUCAGGGUGAAAUGGCCAUAGAUUUGUCUUGGAUAAAUGUCAGCAGCUCUCUUUACAGUCUGAAAAAAUUAAAUGUGCCCAUCAGAGUCCUGGUACAGACAGUUAUUAUCAUUUAAAGCAGGUGAAGGAAAUGCUAAAAUUAAAUGUUUCACAUCCCACACGCUGGGUUUCAGUUCUCUGCAUCUGUAAAGAUAGAAACCACCGCCAAUCUGGAGCAAUGCAGGUUUCUUGCUUUUGUAGCACUUGAAGAGUCUGCAGUAACAGAUGUCUCAUUGCAUUGAUAAUAGUCCAAGUGCUUUGUUCACACUGAAAAUAAUAGGUCAAAGGCAGACAUCUGCCCAAUUCCAAUUUCCAGCAAAUGAUACAAAUCCCAUACUCCAAAUCUAACCCAGUUGAGCACAACUCUGUUCCUAAGACAGGCUUCACGCAGAGAGAAAAUCACAUAGGAGUAAAAUAGAAACUGCGAUUAUGUAUAUAUUGCAACAUAACGCGAGUGAAACACAGCAAAAGGGAAUUUGAACACUUCACCGGAGGUUCACUCAUCCUUCUGCUGUGGUGUAAUGUAGAUUGCAAGGACGUCUAUCCACAUCAGAAACACAUAUUGGUUGCAACAAUUUCUGCCUUAGACUAAGCACCAAUCUUAAGAAAUUUAUAAUUGCAGUUACUGAUAUUUCCAAACAGUUUAAGGGUAGAUUUUAAUCUCGUGCCCACAACAGUUGUUCCCCUCUAUAAAUGGGUCGUGUGUGAUCCCGAAUCAGCUGACAUUGCCAGGUUAAAAACACUACAGCGAUUUUCAUGAAGGAUCUACAAGAAAGUGUGGAAACACACAACGCAAAACUUGCUGAUAAUAAACAGACAUUCACAAUUCCCCAAAGAUACACAUAAUGCUGGAGUAACUCAGCAGGUCAGGCAGCA